AUGCCGGGCAAGCAGGAGGAGGGCCAUGGCGCGCCGGGCGGCAGCAGCGUGUGCUUGUGGCUGGUGACGGUGCUGCUCCUCCUCUCCCUGCUCGGCGGCGGCGCGUGCCUCGCGGCCUACAUCCUGCUGCCGCCGCACGAGGCGCCAGCCUGGCUCCCCGCCGUUGGCCUGGCGCUCGUCGCGCUCCCGUGGGCGUUCUGGAUCGCCACGUGCGCGUACCGGUGCGCCAAGGCGCGGGCCGCCGAGCGCAGAAUGGCCGUCGCGCCGGCGCCCGGCAGCAUGUGCUCGCGCUCCGGCUCAUGA